AUGAUUGUAAUCCCAUGGGUUACUAUAGAUGGGAUGCAGUUGAAAAAGACACCAGCCAUUCUGCCUGCAACACCAAGUACCAGCAGUUGUAAUAGUGACAAAAUGCUUUGUUCAGGAUCACGAACAUGCAUCCCAAUUUCUUGGAAAUGUGAUGGAGAAAAUGACUGCCCUGAUGGAGAAGAUGAAAAGGGUUGUGAGCCAGAAGUGAGUUGUCCUACUAAUUCAAUGAUGUGUUCAAGCAGAAAGAUUUGCAUACCACUUCAAUGGAAGUGUGACGGAGAUCGUGAUUGUCCUGGUGGAGAAGAUGAGAGUGAAUGUGGUACUACCACUAAUUCAUCUUUUACUUGUCCUCCUGACAAAAUGAAAUGCUUACAAAGCUGCCUUCCUGAAAGCUGGCGGUGUGAUGGAUCAGCAGAUUGCCCUGAUAGUUCAGAUGAAAAAAAUUGUACUGCAACAACAAAAGCUACAGUUACAACUACUCAAGCUCCAGUUACAACAACUCAUUCCUUGAAUUGUCCACUUAACAAAAUGUAUUGUUCAACAUCAAAGACCUGCAUUUCACUGAGUUGGAAAUGUGAUGGAGAAAAUGACUGCUCUGAUGGUGAAGAUGAGAAAGAUUGUGAUUACACACUUGACAACUUUGAGAAACAAGAUACAAACUUCAUCAUUGAUGCAUUUCCAAGGGAAGUGUAUGUUCGCAUACCAUUGGAGACAUGUGCCAGAACUUGUUUAUAUCAUCGAGAGUUUGUCUGUAAAGCAUUCCAUUAUCGAGAGAAUGGCAAGCAAUGCAAGUUGUUUGAUACAAUGAAGAGUCUGAGCAUGAGACCGCUUUCCAGUGGAUUUUAUUAUAUACUUUCACAAAACUGCACUGCCACAGGCUUCCAAUGCCAGAAUGGAAGAUGUAUUCCAGAGGAGGAAAAAUGUAAUGGAAGGGAUGACUGCAAUGAUUUUUCCGAUGAACAAGACUGUGGGAUUCCUGAAAUGCUUGAGAUUCGACUUGCAGAUGGAGAAGAACAUUCUGGAAGAGUAGAGAUAAAAUAUCUUAAUGAAUGGGGUGUAGUGUGUGAUGACAAGUGGGACAUAAAAGAUGCUAACGUUGUUUGUCGUAUGCUUGGAUACACAGCUGCAGUCAAAGCUAUUCCUUUUUCCAAUUUUGGACCUGGAAAUGCGAACUUCUUACUAACCAAUGUUGAAUGUUUAGGAAAUGAAACAAGCUUGUUAGACUGUCCCAAAAGUCCAUGGCGUCAGCACAACUGCAAAAGACAUGAGACUGCUAGUGUCAUUUGUAAAUUAGACAAAGGGUGCCCCCCAAAUCAGUUUGAAUGUGCUAACUCACAGUGUCGAAAUAUAGACCAAAUAUGUGACACAGUUAAUAAUUGUGGUGAUAACAGUGAUGAAAAAUAUUGCACUGCUUCGGUGAAAUUAGUCAAUGGUACUAACCCUAGUAAUGGAAGGAUUCAAAUAACCAUCAAUAACAUCACUGGUACUAUAUGUGAUGACAAUUUUGACGACAAAGAUGCCACUGUUGUUUGCAAGCAGCUGGGAUAUAAAUCAGGUAUUGCUUUGCCAGGAGGUACCUAUGGAAAAGGUAAAGGUAUUAUUUGGUAUGAUGAGGUCGAAUGCUUUGGUGAUGAAGACAGUAUUGGAUAUUGUGAAGGAAAUCGUCGGGGUGAACAUGACUGUGACCACACAGAAGAUGUUGGUGUGCAAUGUUACAAAGAUGCAAUAACAACAACUACUUUCCUUACAUCAACUACUGUAGCAACAACAACCACUGUGGAUAACUUAAAAUGUGGCCGGAGACCUAUCAAACAAAGAUCACAACGUAUUACUGGUGGUGUGAGGGCUAUAGAAGGAGCUUACCCCUGGCAAGCAAGGAUCUUUAGAAGUUGGUUUUGGGGUAGGCUCCAUCACUGUGGGGCCAGUGUAAUUGGUGAAUUGUGGGUCAUUACAGCAGCACAUUGUGUAAUAAUAAAAAUGCCCACAGAGGCUAAAUCUAGAAAGUGGGAUAUCCGGAAGUCAUGUGACAUUUUGUAUUUUAUCAAAGUCACAGAUAACUCAUAUGAUUAUGAUAUCGCUCUAAUUAAAAUAGAGCCAAAUAGGAAGGGAAAUGGAAUUGUUUUCAAUGAUUAUGUACAACCAGCCUGUUUGCCAGACAAGAAUGCAACCUAUUUUGAAGGUGAAAGAUGUCAUAUUUCUGGAUGGGGAAACACAGGAAAAGCAUAUCCAUCAAUUCUUAAGGCAGCUACUGUUCCAUUAAUUAAAGCAAAACUAUGUAAAUCAUUGUACAAGAACAGUAUUACUCCACGUAUGAUAUGUGCAGGCUACAUAGAAGGCGGUCCUGAUAGCUGCCAAGGAGAUAGCGGUGGUCCUCUGGUCUGUAAUAAAGAUGGAGUCUAUACACUCACUGGAGUGACCUCUUGGGGAAAUGGUUGUGGCCAGCCGAGAAAUCCUGGAGUUUAUUCCAAUGUCCAAGAACUCCAACCUUGGAUUGAGUUCAUAAUGAAAAAAUAUUCUUGAGAACACAAAUAAAUGCUAACAAUUGUAACUAUUCAGCUACCAACUACACUGCAAUGUCUUGUAAACAAGGUAACCUCCUCAUAAAAUCGAAAAUGAACAGAGAAUAAAACAAUAGCUUCAUUGAUUUCACUAAGCCAUAACUGGAAAAUGUUUUUAGAAAUGCCAUGAAAAAUAAUCAAAAGAGAAAAAUUUAAUAAAAUUCAGUCAAAAAUAA